CCCUUCUUCAAUUUGCAUUUGUAUAUAAUACUAAAUACAGAGAGUGGUGGAGGUGGUGGUGGUGAGAGGGAGUGAUUAGACGCGGUUUGAUCUACCUAAGAGCUGCGGAAAUGGCGGAAGAAAAGUACAAUCGGAAGAACCCAGCGGUGAAGAGGAUAUUGCAGGAGGUGAAGGAGAUGCAAUCGAACCCCUCCGAUGAUUUCAUGAGCCUCCCCCUCGAGGAGAAUAUAUUCGAAUGGCAAUUUGCAAUCAGGGGACCCUGUGAUACUGAGUUUGAGGGAGGCAUUUAUCAUGGACGUAUCCAAUUGCCUGCGGAAUACCCCUUCAAGCCUCCUUCAUUUAUGUUGUUGACGCCGAAUGGCCGUUUUGAGACCCAAACAAAGAUAUGCUUGAGUAUAUCAAAUCAUCAUCCUGAGCACUGGCAGCCUUCAUGGAGUGUUCGGACUGCUUUGACAGCACUAAUCGCCUUUAUGCCCACCGACCCAAAUGGUGCUUUGGGCUCAUUGGACUAUAAAAAAGAAGAAAGGCGUGCUCUGGCAAAUAAAUCUCGUGAAGCUGCUCCUAGAUUCGGGACUUCUGAACGUCAACAGCUAAUUGAUGAGAUUCAUGAAUACAUGCUGAGAAAGGCACCCCCAGUUCCUCAACUCAGCCCCUCACAGACUCCUGAAGAACAAUCUACCCAUCGAGAUGCAGCGGAUGCUGAAGUCCAGGUGAGUCCUCAGAAUGCCACCACAGAAUCUGCUGGAGAGGAACUUCCGAAUCUAGCUGAAGGUGACAGGAUUGUUGAAGAACUGCAAGAAGUUCCUCUGAAUGCAAAUCCCAGCCCUGCAGGAAUUAGGAUAUCGAGAGAGGUUCCUGCUGGACACUCAAGAGGGCAGCAGCUGCCGCAGAGGCCAGAAUUGAGGAUUCAAAAACCGGCUGAUGAUCGCCUUUUCACAUGGGCUGCUGUUGGGCUUACCAUUGCUAUAGCUGUUCUUCUGUUGAAGAAGUUUAUGAAAGCUAGUGGACAUGGUGCUGUUUUCAUGGACGGAUCAUAAAUCUUAGUGGUAAGCAAACCGACGAAUUUGCUUAGUAGAUUCGGUAAGUCGGUACUAAAUUGUCCGGUGGGUGGUAUAGUUUGUAAUAUAUCCGUCAGUUAUUCUUCACCUAUUUAUAGCGACGGAAGAGCGUGUUUAAUCAGUUUGUUUCUUGGACUUGUAUGAGAUUGGUACAGUAAACAUUGGAAUGAAAGCGGCAAAAGUUCCAAGAACUGUAAAAGAAAUUACUCAUUUUACUUGUUCUUCAGUUAAGUGAUGGGUCAUGUCAGUAUUUGUUAAUAGAUAUAAACUUAGCCACCAGAUGGGUUUGCAUUUUCCAAAAGUUGUGCAACUUCUUCUUGGUUACAGAGGCAAUCUUUGCCAACCAAUGAGGAUGUUCUUCUCUUGAUUUCGAUUGAGUUAUAUGUGAAUGCGAUAUAAGUGAUGG